AUGAAGGCUCUUCGCAGGUCGAUCAAAGGUGAGAAGCCUGAUUCGAAAGUUCAACAUGUUUCCCUCACGCCCAAAUCUGCCGUCGCAAUUGUCCCACCGAAAAAGGUUAUUCGCGCAUUGUAUGAUUAUGAGGCACAUUCGAACCAAGAAUUAGGUUUUACGAGGGGCGAUUUCUUUCACGUCAUAGGACGAGAAAAUGAUACGGAUUGGUACGAGGCAUGUAAUCCCGCGGUGCCAGAUGCAAGAGGAUUGGUACCUGUUGCAUACUUUCAAGCGUUAGGGAAGACUGAGCGAGAUAGUGCGCAGUCCAUAUCAGAUAAGUCGCCUAUGAUGAAGGUGGAUCAUGAUUCGGGUUAUUCCGACAUGUCCGGUUCAGGGACAUUGACGAGUCCACCAGAUAGCGGUGGAGGUCAAAGAUUUUCAAAGACAAUGAAAGGCACCGGCGCGAUGGUUUACGGCGUGGUUAUGUACGAUUUUGCGGCGGAACGACCCGAUGAAUUGGAAGCAAAGGCUGGUGAAGCAAUCAUCGUGAUUGCUCAAUCGAACCCAGAAUGGUUUGUCGCGAAACCAAUUGGACGACUAGGAGGUCCAGGACUGAUACCGGUGGAUUUCAUCGAGAUACGUGAUAUGAGUACGGGAAAGGCUGUGCCAAACGCGCAGGAAGCAGUUCAGAGAGCGGGUGUACCAAAAGUGGAAGAAUGGAAGCGAAUGGCUGCCGAUUACAAGAAUAGUAGUAUUACUUUGGGCAAAUUUGAAGUUCCCAAUGGUUCAUCACAACAGCAGCAGCAGCAGCAACAAAUGCAGCAAAAUAUGGAACGAUUGAGUUUGCAGCAAAGUGCAAGGCAGAGUCAGCAGAAUGGUCAAGGCUAUGACCAAAGACAAUCACAACAAGCGAGAGCCGUCCAACCAGUUCAACAAAUACCACAAAAUCCCUAUUCCGUACCAUCUAAAUCCACUUCUCAAUUAUACGCUCCGAUUUCCGCUCGAAUACCACGAUACUGUUUUGCAGAAGAUAAAUAUUGGUUCGUUAUUGAAGCAGCUUUGGAAGAUGGAAGACAUUGGGAACUUUCGAGAUACUACGAAGAUUUUUACGAUUUCCAAAUCGCUCUUUUGACAGAGUUCCCAGCGGAAGCAGGAAAUACUGGUACACAGAAGAGAAGUUUGCCAUAUAUGCCAGGACCCGUCAAUUAUGUUACAGAUGCUAUAACUGAAGGAAGACAACAUAAUCUGGACGCAUAUGUCAAGAACCUUUUGACUCAGCCGGCAUACAUCUCAAGAUGCACUCUUGUCAAACAGUUUUUUGCGCCUCGAGAAGGAGAUUAUGAAAUGGACCCAAAUGCAGUGGAAGAAGAAUAUCGUUUAUCAGGUGGUUCACAACAAUCAUCAAGCGAUUCAAGAACACAAGCAGCAUCUAGGCAAUCUUCGCGGGGUGAUUUAAAUGGAGAAACAUAUUCAAUUGGUGGCCCUACUGGUUUAACGGCCGCUCCAGGACAUCAAAGAGGUCAAUCAUCAUUAUCUGUCAAGAACGGUCAAGGUCCAACACGUCAGACGUCAUCCCUUUCUCAGCCACCUAGCAAUUCAUUAACUCCAGCGGCGAAUAUGAAUGGACAACAACCAUCUGCUAUGAAGGUCAAGAUCUAUUUCGGUGAUGAUUUGAUAGCUAUUCGAGUACCUACAGAUAUCCAAUAUAGGCAACUUUACGAAAAGAUUAGUGAUCGCUUGAAGAUACCACAAGGGGACGAAAUUGCAUUAUACUACAAGGACGAACCUAGUGGAGAAAAACCAAAUUUAAUGAGCGACAAUGAUCUAGACAUUGCUCUACAACGAAACGAUAAGCUCAUUAUCUACGUCGAAUAUCAGUAA